AUGGCAGAGAAGAAAAGCUUGCCUGUGUUUCAGGAAAAUAUAUUACUCCAAAGCCCACGUAUUCUCUUCUUUGCCAUUCUCCUCGGCGUUCUCUUUCUUGAUCCUUUCCACCUCGGCCCUCUCGCUGGCAUAGAUUACCGCCCAGUGAGUCACAGCAUUGCUCCCUAUAAUGAGGUUAUGGGGCGGUGGCCGGCUGACGGUGAGAACCGUUUGAGCUCCGGCAAGCUCGAGUUUUCGGGCCAGUUGUUUGGGCCCGAGUCGAUCGAGUUCGACCCGUCGGGCCGGGGCCCAUAUGCUGGCUUAGCCGACGGUCGUGUUGUGCGGUGGAUGGGUGAAGCUGUGGGGUGGGAGACCUUCGCUCUUGUUAGUCGAAAUUGGAGUGAGAAGGUGUGUGCCAAUGGAGUGAACUCAACGACUAAAAAGCAACACGCAAAGGAGGAGCAAUGCGGCCGGCCAUUGGGUCUGAGGUUCGAUAAAAAAACCGGAGAUCUGUACAUAGCCGACGCCUAUUACGGGUUGAUGGCUGUUGGACCGGAGGGCGGUUUAGCCGUUUCUCUUGCUAACACAGUUGAGGGGAAGCCAAUCCUCUUCGCUAAUGAUCUGGACAUUCAUAAAAAUGGCUCUCUCUUCUUCACAGAUACCAGUAUGAGGUAUACCAGAAGAAAUCACUUCCUGAUAUUACUUGAAGGGGAGAAUACGGGUAGGCUUCUUCGUUAUGAUCCCUUGAACAUGACAACCCAUGUUGUCUUAAAUGGCUUAGCUUUCCCCAAUGGCGUGCAACUAUCAGCUGACCAAAUGUUUCUUCUCUUCACAGAGACGACUAACUGCAGGGUUAUGAGAUUCUGGCUAGAAGGUCCAAAGAGUGGUCAACUUGAGGUAUUCGCUAACCUGCCGGGCUUCCCUGACAACGUUAGAAUGAACGAUAAAGGACAAUUCUGGGUGGCCAUUGACUGCUGUAGAACUCGAAGCCAAGAGUUUCUCUCAUGGAAUCCAUGGCUGAGAAGCAUCUACUUCAAGCUUCCACUGAACCUCCACUUUCUGGCUCGGCGACUAGGAAUGAAGAUGUAUACUGUGAUCGCUCUAUUUGAUGAAAAUAGCCAAGUCAUAGAAGUGCUUGAAGACAGAGAAGGUCAAGUGAUGAAGCUUGUAAGUGAAGUAAAGGAAGUGGAGGGGAAGCUUUGGAUUGGAACUGUGGCGCAUAAUCACAUUGCUACUCUUGUUUAUAAUAAAAAUCCAUAGUGGGUUUCUGCAAAUGUGACUCAUGAUU